AUGAGUUUCAUUUUCCUUUUGAUGUUAUUGGUCGAGGCACAGGCGGAUAUAACCACUGGGAGUUAUAAGGAAUUAUUACAGAGUUAUCUGUCCGGACAACUGUCGUCUGCUCUAGGAGCGUGCCAAGUGGAGGCUCUGAGGCGGGAAUUCAAAAGUUUUGCUGACGUAAUCGAGAAAUCUAUGGACGAUUUCAAAGAAAAAACGGAAGCUGAUUAUAAAAAGAAGCAAGAUAUCCUAAUCAGUACUUAUGGAAAAAGUGGUGCUGUGUACACAAGAUGGGGUAAGAAGACUUGUCCGUCUGAUGCAGAACAGGUUUAUUCAGGUUAUGUCGGUGGGUCAUGGUUUGACAAUCCCGGAGCUGUCGUCAAUCCUCUCUGUUUGGCCAGAGACCCAGAGUGGGGGAUUUAUCAGGAUGGAGUCAGUGAAUAUAAAUCGUAUAUAUUUGGCGCGGAAUUUGAAACAGCUGGCAGCAGCAUGGGAUCAGUCCACAAUUACGAUGUCCCCUGUGCCGUGUCAAGAAAAACCUGUUACAAGGGCUGGAUAUUAGAGUAUACGGGAUACCUAAUGGCAGGGUAUCAUAAACACAAAGCUGGGACUACUUACACUUGUUUUGACAGUGUUCCAGACACUAUUAAUGGAUCUGGUAAUAAUAUGGACGGUUACCUGGUGUACCAGGUAGAGGCUCGAUGUGGUUCUCUGAAGUGUCCACCUUAUGUCGAAGGAAGAGAAAUUGUUUGUGCUGUGUGUUCCAAACAAUAA